GACAUUUGACGUCUCCAACUUUGUAUUCGACAAAUCUCUUUAAUGGAACUCCAGUCGAUUGUCCACGCGUUAUUAAGGUUUUUUGUCAACAAAAAGCUUUAUUAUUGAAAACCUUAUUUCUAGUUUUUAAUAUAAAAGGCUUGAAGAAAUAACGGCAAAAUGAGUACAAUACUUGAGAAAAUUGCUGCCAUCGAAUCCGAGAUGGCACGCACCCAGAAAAACAAAGCAACAUCGGCUCAUUUGGGGCUUUUAAAGGCCAAGUUAGCGAAGCUGCGUCGUGAGUUAAUAUCCCCAAAAGGCGGUGGCGGCGGUGCCGGUGGCGAUGGCUUUGAAGUUGCAAAAACUGGAGACGCUCGAGUUGGGUUCGUGGGGUUCCCGUCAGUUGGAAAAUCGACUUUACUUUCUAACUUGGCAGGAGUUUACAGUGAAGUCGCAGCAUAUGAAUUCACAACCUUGACCACGGUUCCUGGAUGUAUAAAAUAUAAGGGCGCAAAAAUUCAACUUUUGGAUCUGCCUGGAAUUAUAGAGGGUGCGAAAGAUGGUAAAGGUCGGGGUCGUCAAGUUAUUGCGGUGGCUCGAACAUGUAAUUUAAUUUUUAUGGUUCUUGAUUGCCUUAAGCCUUUAGGACAUAAAAAAUUACUUGAACAUGAAUUGGAAGGCUUUGGUAUUCGUUUGAAUAAAAAACCUCCAAAUAUUUAUUUCAAACGUAAAGAUAAGGGAGGCGUCAAUCUUAAUAGUAUGGUACCGCAAUCUGAGCUGGAUGCUGAUCUAGUUAAGACUAUCCUUUCUGAAUAUAAAAUACAUAAUGCCGAUAUAACAUUGCGAUAUGAUGCAACAAGUGAUGAUUUAAUUGAUGUUAUUGAAGGAAACCGGAUUUACAUACCUUGUAUUUACUUGCUGAAUAAAAUUGAUCAAAUAUCGAUUGAAGAACUGGACGUUAUUUAUAAGAUCCCACAUUGUGUUCCCAUUUCGGCGCAUCAUCGCUGGAAUUUUGACGAUUUGCUAGAAAUGAUGUGGGAAUAUCUCAAACUGGUUCGAAUUUACACCAAACCUAAGGGUCAACUUCCGGACUAUAAUUCGCCUAUUGUACUACAUAAUGAACGCACAAGUAUCCAAGAUUUUUGUAAUAAGCUGCAUCGCUCAAUUGCAAAAGAAUUCAAAUAUUUGGGGUUCUUCUGUUAAACAUCAACCACAAAAAGUAGGCAUUGAUCAUGUUCUGAACGAUGAAGAUGUCGUGCAAAUUGUGAAAAAGGUUUAAAAGUUCAGCAACUGUUACUUACAUAUACGAAUUAUACGAUUGUCAAAAGUUUUAAAAUCAUAUAAAAAUGUAAUUUUUCCUUCAAAAAAUGUUAGCAAACUAUAGCAGUUAAAUAAUAAAUUUUCAUGGAAAUACAAUACACAUUUGGGAGAUAACAAAGCCGGAAAUUAUUUUUAAAUAUAUUAUAUUCAAUCCAGUUUUCUCGUUUCGUAUGUUUGCAUGCAUAUUUAUAUGUGAUUUUUAGAGGCAUAUAUGUUAUACAUAAAUACUUAAAUGCUAUCUAAAUUAAUUUUGUUUUUUUCUUUUAUAUUAUUGUAUAUAAAUGAAACAAUUUGUUUUUAUUACUAUGUUCUUUGUGUAAUUGUAAUAAUGAGGCAUAACAAUAAAUCUGGGAUUACGAGAAGCUUGGCUGAAUAGCAAUCAAAUCCAUAACAUCGGCCAAGACUCCCAGUUAUAGAUUAAAAAAAAAAAACACACACACACACAAAUAUUGGACUCGGCUGUUUUGAGCCCCAAAUGUAGACGCAACAGGAAAAGUGUGUCUAACAAUGAAAAAUAAAAAUUCACCUACUAGUAAGGAUUUAA